AUGAAAUUCUUUAAAAAAGAAAAUGAGGAGGAAAUGAAGGAAAUUACGACCCAUAACAAAAAAGAAGAAAAAGAUCUUAAUUCUUCAGGUGAUGAAUCUAGUGAUGGUAGUUUUGGUCCAGUGCCCUUAGAGGAAAUCAGAGGCAAAGGCGACAAAGAAAGGGACGAUGAACAUGAUGAUAAUGAUAAUGAUAUUGAUAAAAGUGAGAAAGCGUUAAAGAAUGCGGAAAAGGAAUCUCCUCUUUGUAUGCAUUCAAAAAAGGAAGAGAAUACAUCAUCACAUAAAAGAAAAAUUGAAGGUAUAAGAAGAAAUAGAGAAAAAAAAAAAAAAAUUAAUAUUGAAAAAAUUGAAGAAACACGAAAAAUAAAAAAAAUAAAAAAAAUAAAAAUAAACAAUGAUAUAUACUUAAAGAAUAUCCCAACUAAUAAAAAUUACGAAGUAAGUUACAUGCACACGGAUGUUGUAACACACAUCCUUGUAAGUAAUAAAAAGAAAUAUAUAGUUACGGGAAGUGCUAAUGGAGUAAUAAAAUUCUGGUAUAAAAAUGUAGGAUCCAUCGAAUUUGUAAAACAUUUUAAAAUUCAUUCGGAUGAAAUUAUUUGUUUGUUUAUUUCAGAAGAUGAAGAAUUAUUAGGAAGUUUAUCAAAAGACAAAACAUAUAAACAAUUUGAUAUUAGUAGCUUUGAUAUGAACAUAAUAAUAAAAUUGGAUUUCUUCCCCAAAACUGGAGAAUUUGUUUUUUCAUCCCUUUUUUCUGCUUCGGUAAAAGUAGCUAUAUCAUCAAAUGAAAAACCGUGCAUAUAUAUUUACAAACCGUUCGAAAGUGAUAUAUGCACACAAGUAAUAAAUUUUAGUUCUAGGAUAAUUGAAAUAAUAAGAUAUAAUAAAAUGUACAACCUUUGUGUGCUAAGCGAUAAUAGUGGACUUAUUGAUAUAGUGGAUGUAACAAAUUUUAAAUUCCCCAAGUACGAUCAUGAAAGUAGCAGAUAUAGCACUGUUACUGAUAGUGCUGUUACUACUUCUAGUACUGCUGUUAGUACUGCUGCUACUACCACAGCUACUGCUUCAACAAGUGCUGAGAUGAGAAAGGACAGAAGUGAUGAAAAAGACACAAACAUAUCAAAUAAAAGAUACAAUCUGAUAAAAAAAUUAGAAUUUUCCUUUAAAAGUGAAACUGAUUUAUACGAAUUGUGUAAAUAUAAAACAUAUGCACUAUGCAUAAACAUUAGUUUAGAUGGGGAAUUUAUGGCAAUUUUAUCUGAAAACUAUUUCUUACGAAUAUAUAAAUUUAAAACUAUGAAGUUAUAUAGGGUAUAUGAUGAAAGCACAGAAAUGUAUUUAACGGCUCAAAAUGACCCUUUAAAAAAGGAAUUACAUAUUGAUAGUUUAGAUUUUGGAAAAAGGCUUUUUAUUGAGAAAGAAAUAAAAAAACAUAUAAAAAGUAAAAAUAUAAAAUUAGAUAUGAUUACUUUUGAUGAAUCAAAUCAAUAUAUUAUAUAUUCCACUUUUAUUGGUAUAAAAGUUGUGAACUUUAUAACUAAUCAGUUAUGUUACAUAAUUGGAAAAAACGAAACAAAUUUACGAUAUUUGUCUCUUUCCUUAUAUCAAAAAAUAAUACCCGUUAACAAAAUUAAUAAUAAUAUUCAUGAGUCUUUAUAUAUUAAUGAAAAUAACAUAUCUGAUUGUGCUUUAUUUUGCACUGUAUAUAAAAAGUGUCGGUUUUAUAUUUUUACAAAAAAAUUAUUAAAUGAUCAUGAACUAGAUGAAAGAGAUAUAUAUAAUGAACAACCAAGCAAAAAUGAUUUAAACUCUUUUAUAUCAGCACCUUUAAAAAACAUUGAAAAUAACACGAAAAUUCCGAAAAGUGCAGUCAUCUAUACUACUAUGGGAGAAAUAUAUAUUACCUUUUUUCAUAAAGAAUGCAAGAAAACAGUGCAAAAUUUUUCUGUUCAUUCAAUUAAUGGAUAUUAUAAUAAUUGUAUUUUUCAUCGAAUUAUCAAACAUUUUAUGAUUCAAACUGGUGACCCCACAGGUGAUGGUACAGGGGGAGAAAGUAUUUGGGGGAAUGAAUUUGAAGAUGAAUUUUUCGAUCAUCUCAAUCACUCCAAACCCUUUAUGGUAUCAAUGGCAAAUUGUGGACCCAAUACUAAUGGUUCCCAGUUUUUUAUCACUACUGUCCCCUGUCCCUGGCUUGAUUUUAAACACACAGUUUUUGGUAAAGUAACUCAGGGAACUAAGGUUGUUUUGGAUAUAGAAAAAGUCCGUACUGAUAAGAAGGACAAACCCCUAGAGGAUAUCAAAAUUUUAAACAUAAAAAUUAACCAUUAA